CGAGAGGUAUUGAUCAUAUUGUGGUAUCUCCUUGCAAGUUGUAACCAUAUUUAUGUCCUACUACGAAUGCAAUGUUUAAUAGAUAAAGAAGAAAUUUACAUCACAUACAAAGUCUCUCUUCAACUAGAGUCAACGAUAAACUUAUUAAGCACAUAAUGCAAACAAAUGUUUGAAUCGUACAUCAAACACAAACUCAAAUAUAAUAAAAUGAUGAACACACUAAUAAUUUGAGAAAAAAAUGAAAGUAAAUUACAAGAAAACGAGGCUGACCAAUUCAAUAAUCAACUCAAACGAAGAGAAAAUGAGCUGCAACAACUCCAACAACGCAUGAAAGUGCUACGACGUUGUUUCUAACAUUGAAAGCUCCCGAAUCCGGCGAAGCCGCCAUUGCCGGUGGCAUGGGUCCCGGAGAAGGUGUAGGUUCCAUUCCGGAUGGCAUCGGCGGCGAAGGCAUAUCCGGAACUGUUAGUGGGCUUGGGCUUGUAGAGGGAGUCAUUGGCAUCAUUGGUGGUGAAGCCAUGGACAUUGGUGGUGGAGCCAUAGGCAUAGGUGGUGGAGCCAUAGGCAUGGGUGGUGGAGUCAUCAUUGGCAUCGGAGACAUCGCUGGGGGCAUGGACAUUGAGCCAGAAGGAGCCAUCAUGGGAGCUUGAGCUAAAGAGAAGGGUAUUAAAACCAUAGACAAUGUGAGCAAGAAGAAGGCUUGUGAAGAAGAAGAAGAAGAAGAGGCCAUGGCUAUGUGUGCUUGCAUGUGAGUGGAAUAGUGGUUUAUGUAAAGUGAUAUAUAGAGAGAGAUAUGUGAGAGAGUAGUAAAAGAAAGAGUUGGAGAGAAAAGUGAAGGUUCUUUGUGCUAUUUGGAUAUAUAUUUAGAGAUUAUUUGUUUUAUAAUUUUGGAUCGUUGGAUACAUUGUGUGACACGUAUCAGUCGAUAGAUAGGUAUGAGAUGCUGAUUUAUUUUCCUCCACAUAUUGUAAACAAAAAAAAAGAUGAAAAUUCCAAAGUGAAAUC